AUGGAAGUUCAUAUUAUUUCUCAAGAAAUUAUCAAGCCCUUAGCUCCAACACCACACCACCUAAGAACCUAUAAGCUCUCUGGAAAGGACCAGAUUGCAGCUUUAGCAUAUGUCCCUGUGAUUCUUUUUUACUCACCAACCAACGAAAUGUCUAGCAAAAAUUCUGACUACCUAAAAAAAGCCUUUUCCGAAACAUUAACCCUCUUCUACCCUUUUGCUGGGCGAAUAAAAGAUGAGUUAUUCAUUGAUUGCAAUGAUGAUGGAGCCACUUGUAUUGAAGCACAUGUUACAUGCAACAUGUCUGUGAUACUUCAGCAGCCAGACAUUCAUCAAUUGGAGCAGCUACUGCCAUGCAAGCCAGAUGAAAAUUUAGAUGAGCUGAGCACAAGGGUAAUGCUAGCAGUCCAAGUGAAUUACUUUGACUUUGACCAUCAUAUUGUUGACGGGGUGGUUGUUGAUUGCACCUCACUCUUUCCUCCACAAGAUUUGUCAGGCAUAAAAUUACAUGAGAGUUUCAGAAAUGACAACACGUACUGUAAAACUGUGACGAAAAGGUUCGUGUUUUAUGGCCCUAAGGUAGCUGCACUUAGAGGAAAGUUGAGCAAUGGACCAUAUUUAGAUCGUCCAACCAGGAUUGAGGCUGUAUCCGCCCUUAUGUGGGGUGCAUUUGUUGGAGAAGAAAAUGAGUCUAAGAAGGUAUAUAAAGUCGCAGCUCACAAUGUGGAUUUGCGGAAGAGAUUGGAUCCACCCCUACCACAACAUUGUAUUGGAAAUAUAAUCCAUACUGCUAUGGCAAAAUGGCCAGCAAAAGUGGUAGACUAUAAUGGUUUAGCAGGAAAAAUUCAUGAGUCAAUAAGCCUGAUAAAUAAUGACUAUAUUUGUCAGGUUUAUGCAGACAGUAUUACUGACCAAGGAUUACUGGCACAGAUUGUAAAAGAUCCCAACAACUGGAGUUUAUUUGGUUUCAGCAGUUGGUGUAAAUUUCCAUUCUAUGAGGUUGAUUUAGGGUUUGGAAAGCCCAUUUGGGUAGGCACUGCCAUGAGGCUUAUGCCCAGAGGUGCUUUUCUCUUAGAUACAAGAGAUGGUGAGGGAAUAGAAGCAUGGGUGACAUUAUCUGAGGAAGCAAUGCUCAAGUUUGAAAAAAAUCCUGAUAUCUUAGCCUAUGCUUCUGUCAGUCCACGCAUAUGA